UCACGAGGAUGUAAGCACCUACACAAAGACACAUACACACAUAUACAACAGGCGUCUUUCAGUUUCUAUUUACCAAAUCUACUCACAAGGCUUUGAUCAGUCCAGGGCUAUAAUAGAAGACACUUGCCUAAGUUGCCUUGCAGCGGGACUGAACCUGGAACUAUGUGAUUGGAAAGCAAAUUUCUUACCAAACAGCCACGUAGAACAAUAUGCUUAAAGAGUAUUUGUGCUAAAUGAACUGUUGCCUGAUGUAUUUCGUAUAUUAUUCCAAGUUCAAGAAGUACUCCAGCAUUCUCUCAUGUUUCGCCAGCUACUUCCACCUACUCGACCUCAUGUGUUUAUUCCAAAAAUGUCUGGCAUAUGCAAGGAAUGCGGCUGUAGUUGCAAUACUUGCUUCAACAACAACAGCUUAGAUCUUCAUCAGCAGAUAGAAGAAUUACAGAGCAGUCUUAUUCGCAACAACAAGCACAUCCAUUACAAAGAAGAAGAACACUUACUCAGUAAACAGGCUUCUGAAUAUGAAGUUUUUAAACUGAAAGAGGAAAUAUCCAGACUUAGAGAUCGUUAUGACAGAUUAUUAGAAAGUCACAAGCGCCUUCAGAAACAAAAUCAUAAUUUAGAAGAUAAACUCCUGAAAGUUGUCAAUAAAUUUGAGGCAGAGAAAACCAAUAUACAGAAAGAACAUGCAGCAGUCACAUCGAAACUGGUUGACACUCAAGUAACUAUCAGUGAACUAGAAGAAGAAAAUGAUCGUUAUCGAAAAGAUUGUAAUUUAGCUGUUCAACUCCUCCAGUGUAAACCAUCCUCAUUCAUUGCCCACAAAUUGAAUUCUUUACCUCCAGAUCUUCAAGAACGAGUGAAAUGCCACAUGACCCAGGAAGAGCUGAUUAACAUGGAAGAACCUCCCAUGACAAAAGAAACUAAAUUAAUCCGAAUUCCAAUGCAAACGUUCCCUCCUACAGCAAUGGUUUAUUCCAUCAACAAUUCCAAUGAAGAUCAGUUGAAUGACAAACAAAAUUCAAAUACUGAGACUGUACCAAUGACGUUGAUAGCACAGGUUCUAUCUCAUCCAGAACCAACACGUAAACCACGUAGGACUUAUAUUUGUUUUCAGUGCCGACGGAAUGUUGUAUUAAUUGAUCGAGAAGUGCAAAUCUCACUUAACAAAGACUGCACAAUUUCAAAUAUUAAAGUUCAUAAAAGCAAAUGAAAGCAGAUAAACUCUUCUAAACAAGAAAUCUAAUUUGAAAGAGAUUUCUGCUUUACACACAUUGGUUUAAUUCUUUACCAAUUAAAGUAUAAAUUUAAACCAAAGGUUUUUUGCUUAUGAACAUAAUUUUAUUUAUACAGAAAAUCUGACUUGUUACCAAGAAGUUAUUUUUCAAGAGCUGGUCAGGAAGGACUGAUUAAGCUUUAUAUCUUUUGAUACUAUGGUGGAACAAGUUUCUCUUAUUAAAAUGUUGUCGAUUCUGUUGCUAUGACAAA